AUGGCACCUAAAUUUGACGUGGGUGCAGAGAUUAACCGAAUGACAGCGAAGAGCGAAAUGUAUUUUUCAAUAAUACAAGAAACGUAUGACAUUUCCCUACAAAUUACCACCAAUACGGCAAACCUAUUUCUGGAACAAUUCGAUACAGCUGUACAAGCCCUUUCACAAUUAAAUCUUCAAGAUGCAUUUGACUUUAUGAUAACGUCUAUGGCAUUCUCAAAACUCGAUCCCAUUUUGCAGGAGAAAUUUGAGCAUUCUUAUCAAGGAGAAUUUCCUAAAUACCAAGAUCUCCUCAAAUUUCUUCAUAAGUCGCAACAAGCGAAAAAUCAAGUUUAUGGUAUGACAAGUAUAACUAACAAUUACACAUAUGAUAAGCAAAAGGAUAAAAAUUCCAAAAUUAGUCGAUCAUUUCUUUUAAAAAGUAAAUACGAAAAGAAGUGCUUUGUGUGCCGGGAACAACACGCCAUAUUUGCAUGUUCAAAAUUACUAGAAAUGAACAUUCCUGAACGCCAUAAGACGACAGUUGCGUGUCGAUCGAAGAAAACUUGUAUUAUAUGUAAGGCACCGCAUCAUACGAGUACAUUGUUGCAUACUGAUAAGAAUCUUGCAAAUACGAAUCAAGAUAAUCCGUCGAAUUCGAAAUCUAAUAACACAGUUUUAUGCGUUUUCAACAACAACCAGCUGGCACAUAAUGUAACCAUAUUGCCUACUGCAGUAACCAAAGUUUUCACCGAAAAUGAAAAUAUUUUAUUACGUACGAUAAUUGAUUCAGCAAGCGCUAGAAAUUUUGUCACAUUAACUUGGUGCUUAAAAGCUCAGUUACCAAUUAAACCAGUUUCAGCCAAAGCGAUGGGAUUAGGUAAUUCAUCACAAAUCGUGAUAGGAUUGGUUAAUUUUACUUUAAUUUCUUUAGUCAAUUCAUACCAGUUGUCGGUAUGUGCAUAUGUCGUGCACAAGAUCGUGGGAAAACAACCACAAACCACCAUUCCAGUUUCAUCAAUACAAACGUUCUUAAAGUACCCUUUAGCAGAUCCAAACUUUUAUUCACCACAAGAGGUCGAUGGUAUCUUGGGAUGUGAUGUUUUCAGCGAAAUUAUAGGUACUCACCAGGUAAAAAAUGAUCAAGGAGCUCCAACAGCAUUAGAAACGCAGUUGGGAUACAUAAUAAUAGGUUCUGUUCCCAAUUUAUCCCAACCUUCAAGCACAUCGACUAAUUUAUGCAAUAUUUCGAACCCAGAUCUUAACGUUCAAAUGGAUAAGUUUUUUCAGUUAGAAGAUAUUCCACAAGCAGCACUUCCUUACGACGAUGAUUAUUGUGAAAAUCAUUUUAUUGCAACAACAAAACGAUCUCCAGAGGGGCGAUACAUAGUAGCCCUACCUUUUAAAAUUAUAAACGAUUAUUUGACACAAAACCAUUUAUCCUUUGUUGCUCCUUGUUCUCUGAAGAAUAAAGUUAAUGAUUCUAGUCACAUAGAAAAUGCAUAUUAUAUUCCUCAUUUUGCAGUCGAGAAAGAAAGCUCCUCCACUCCAUUACGCGUUGUGUUUGAUGCAUCUGCAAAAAAUGCAGAAUUUACCUCGCUAAACGAAAAUUUACAUGAUCGAAAAUACCAAAGGAUAUUAUGGAGACCAUCACCCGAUGUACCUAUUGGAAUCUAUGAACUAAAUACAGUUACAUUUGGCUUAUCAUCAUCUCCAUUUCAAGCCAUUAGAACAAUUAAACAACUGUCGCGAGAUGAACGUUCCAAAUUCUCUGAAUCACUUAUAAAAAUACUUGAAAACGAUAUUUACAUUGAUGACGUGGUUACAAGUGUUGAUUCUUUGGAAAAUACAAAAAUCAUUGUUCGUGAUCGACAGAUCGAUUUUGAAAUCGAUAAUUCAACCAAGGUAUUGGGAUUAAAAUGGAAUCCUUUAUCGGAUAAUUUUUCAUUUGACAUAAAACUUAUGUGGAAAAGGUGGACCAAACGACAUCUCCUUUCAGUAAUAGCACGAAUCUGGGACCCUCUGGGUUUCCUUACUCCCAUAGUUAUUAAGAUAAAAAUAUUAAUGAAGAAAAUUUGGACCUUGAAAAUUGAUUGGGACGAAGAAUUGCCAUCAUUCAUUAUUACUUCGUGGUUAGCAAUUUAUUCCGAAUUAGAGCUUCUUAAUAAUUUUGAGAUACCACGUUAUUUGAAAACUUCAGAACGAGGUAAAUGUACCUUAUUUGGUUUUGCAGAUAGUUCCGAACAAGCAUAUGGAGCUGUAGUUUACAUUAGAUCACUUAACACUCAGAAUUUCAUGCUAAUAUCAAAGUCGAGAGUAACACCAAUGAAAAAUCAAACUUUAGCACGAUUGGAACUUUGUGCAUGUCCAGCCAAUCGUUGGAAAACGUUUGUAGCUAACCGAGUAUCCAAAAUUCACGACCUUCUUCCGAAUGCACAGUGGCUUCAUAUUCCGUCCGAUCAAAAUGCAGCUGAUUGUGUUUCCCGCGGCUUACGACCUAAGCAAUUUAUGCAACAUAAAAAAUGGUUGUUCGGACCGGAUUGGUUAAACGAUGACAUAUCUUCUUGGCCCAGUAAACGGAUUGAUACUUCUAUAGAAAUCAAUCAAGAAAGAAAGGUUAAUGCUCUAGUG